GGUGACCAGAGGAACAUGAUAGACACGUACGACGACGUCGUAAACAACUGUGGUCGAAGUGGAAAAGAACUUUUAAAGGUUCCUUUAUCAGUUUUAGCAUUUUCCCUCAAAUCAUGCCUGUUAAUAUUGUUAGAAUAAUGUGAAUUUGAAGGUCGACGUCUAUGAUGUGAUUGUCCUCAACCCCUCACCUCAUCAUGCCUUGUAGAUACAAAAUCAACCGUGGUGCUGUUUCUACAGUAUUUGAGAUAUUUUUCCGCAUGGUUUUAAUUGUAGUGUUUUUAAUUACAGAGGAAUUGAAACCAUUCAUACGAAUGAUACAACCAGAGGAGAUGUGGCUAUAUAAAAACCCUGUCACUGAAAGCUAUGUUACAACUUCAGUCAUGUUUUGUAUAUCCGUGUUUACUCCUAUAAUAGUUAUAUUUAUUUUCUUUUCACUGAGAGGAGAAAGAGCAGAUUUAAUUCAAGCUUCACUAGCGGUUGGCUUGGCCCUUCCUAUUACUGGUAUCAUAACAAACAGCAUCAAGAAUAUUUAUGGGAGACCAAGGCCUGACUACUUUUGGCGUUGCUUUCCUGAUGGAAAAAUGACGAAUGAUCUGCAUUGUACAGGAGAUAUGGAUAUAGUAAUGGAGGGAAGAAAAAGCUUCCCAAGCGGCCACUCUUCCUUUGCCUUUUGUGGUUUGACUUUUACUGCCUUAUACAUAAUGGGAAAAUUACAUGUGUUUGAAAGUCAAGGGCGUGGCUCUGGCCUCAAGUUAUGCGUAAGCAUCAGUCCGUUGUUUGGGGCGUUGAUGAUCGCCCUUUCUAGAACAGCAGACUACCACCAUCAUUGGCAAGAUGUGCUGGUUGGAUCAGUGCUCGGUUUAAGUAUAGCGUUCAUGUGCUAUCGUCAGUACUAUCCGUUUCUGACCCACGUGUCAUGUGACAAGCCAUAUGCAAUGCUGACCCCUUACUCGGAAUUACCGCGUACUGAAUCUAAAGUUGAUUUGAAUUCUUACGGUCACAGAAAAGAUGGAGAAACGGCGAUCCAAAUGAUAUAAAAUAUGUUAUUUAUUAAGCUCUGACCAGAUGAUCAAAUUCUCUUUGAAAAAAAAACUGUUGUAUGCCCAUAUAUAGUCCUAAUGUGAAUAUAUAUUAUGGUCAUGAUGUGAUGUCAUCAUGACCAUAUAUAGUCAUGAUGUGCCUAUAUAUGGUUAUGAUGUGAUGUCAUCAUGACCAUAUUCAGGCAUGUUGCAUAUUUUUGUCAAAUAAAAUUUGAUACUUUGUUUUGUGAUUGAAGUGUCCAGGUAAAUGCCACUGUUAUUUUGGUACAUUUAUAAAUGACGGGCGGAUCCAAAGAUGUCCGAAAGGUGGGGGGGCCUGAAAAUGGGGCCGAUUGAGACGAUACUACCGUAGGGGGCCCCGGGAGGUGGUCCGGUGGCAUGCCCCGCGAAAUUUUAGUAUUCUAGACUCCCAAAAAUAGCCUGCGAGGCAUUUUGGGGAUGCUUUUUUUGACUUUCCAAAAGGGUUGGGGGAGGGAGUGCUUCAGUGGGAACAAAGUCAAAAUGCAAGCAUAUUUUUAUUUAAAAUUUUAAAUACUUGAUAGGAUCCUGCUCUAUAUGUAUAUACGGUAUAUAUCUAAAUUGUUUGUUUGAAUUGCACACUGCAUGACUUUUAAUGAAACUAUUAAUAAAUUGAUAUCAACAUAUUUUAGGAAUAAGAUAAAUAAGCCUAUUGACAUUUUGUUCUUUACUUCAUUUAUCUUUAUUGAUAUUUUUUCUUUAAGAUGGUCCAAUAGAUGGAUAAGACAAGUAUCAGUCAAGUAUGAUCAAUUGAAGUCCUGAUUGGAAUUCAAUUGUAAUUUGACAGCUGAUAAUAGACAGUUCUUUCAAUAACUUUUGAAAUACAACAUAUAAUAUGGAUUGGUCAAUAGUUAGCUACAUCAGACCUAACAUUUUUUACACACCUCUAAAGAGGUGUGUAACUCUUGUUAUUUUAAAAUCAUCAGGAACCUUAAUAUUGGAUUCAAUUGAUAGAUCCACAAUAUGUGUUAUGGAGAUUUUUAAAAUAGAAGAUCCAUCUUUGAGAAAUAUUGGAGGGACAUUGUCCAACCCACAACUUUUAUUUGGAUUUAAUCCAUUUAGCAGUUCAUCAAUGUAAUUCUCAUCGAUUUUUUUUAGUUUAUCAAAGUAGUUUUUAAAAUUUGGAUUUUCUAUUGAAUGUCAACGACUUAAGGCCAGUUAUUUACCUGUACAUGCUACAUUCAUAAAAAAAAACAUCUUUAGUAUCAAAAGAGAGUUUACCAUUUAUAUGAAGUGAAAUAUUUUGUUUAUUUUUUGUUGUACGGUAUCUUUAAAUCCAAAACUUCUGUUUUUUGUUUUGUUCAGAGUAGUUUUGGCGGGGAAACAUCAGCUGUUUAAUUCAUAAAUAUUUGAACAACAUUUUCAACAUUUAACAUCAGAUAUUCACUUUCAAUAAAAUUACAAAUAUAUUUAAUUGCAUAACAUUGAAUAAAAAGAAAGGUGUAAA